UCUUCGACUUGGUGGAAGACGAAGAAAUAACAAGAACGAAAGAAGGAACCAUGGAGACGAUAAAGAUGAUGGUGAUGAUGGUUUUAUUGAUGAUGUUCUUGAAGAUGGUGGUGAUCGAAGCAGCCGAUACGAAUCAGGUUUAUCAGCCAUGUAACGACACGACGGUGCAGACAGGGGAUGGUUUCACUUUCGGAAUCGCAUUCGCUCCAAGGACUAACUUCUACUUUAACCAGACACAGCUUUCUCCCUGUGAUGUACGCCUCAGUCUCUCUUCUGCUAAUUCUCAGCUUGCAAUCUUCAGGCCCAAGGUCGACGAGAUCUCUCUCCUCACCAUUAACACAACCAACAACUUCUUCCCGGCUAAUUAUGGUGGGUACAUGGUGGCAUUUGCGGGUCGGAAGUAUGCAGCAGUAUCCAUCCCUGCUUUUGUUGCAAACAGUACCUAUAUUGUUACCAGCUUUACUCUGGUUCUUGAUUUUAAUAUAGGUCAGCUGCAGAACUUGUACUGGAAGACAGAUGGAUGCGCUUCAUGCUCAUCAAAUUCUAGUUUCGUGUGCUUGAACAACCAGGAUUGCGCAAUCAAAACUUCAAGCUGUAAAGGCCAAGGAGGCUCUGUAGAUUGUAGCCUUGGAAUACAGUUGGCUUUCUCUGGCAUAGAUAAGAACUAUGUUGCACUCAACACAUGGUAUGAAGUAGCAAACCUCCAACAGUACUCUCUGUACAGCCUAUUUUCAAACUUGACGAAUUCUCUCACCAGCCAGUUUAACAGUUUAUUCGGAUAGUUGGGUGAUGUGCCCCCCAAUUUUGCCCAUUAAAGGUGAUGAUACUCGACGUUUGUGAAGGUUUGGAUGGAGCUUGGUGAAUUGUACUGUACUUGCAUGUCAUUUUUCUUUGAAAUUUUUUGUGGUGUACAUUGUUCUUUACAUAUUUCUUACCUUCUCUAUUUGUUUAUACUGAAAAUUUCUGUAAAUUUA